AAGCAAUCGAUCCCUCAACAUCUUCGUCUUCUGUUUCCCUGGGUCUUAUGGCAUAUCUGGAAAGAGAGGAACGAACUCAUCUUUGCUAAUACUCGUCUUGGUGCAGCAACAAUUAUGGACAAGGCUCGGAAUGAUUAUAAUGCUUGGGCAGAGGUUAAUAUCUUAAACUCAUCUCAAGAGUCUGAUGACAUGGCUGCUGGGACUGUGAUCGUGAAAUGGGAGAAACCAUCCCUAAGCUUUGUCAAAUGUAACAUCGAUGCAUCGUGGGUCAAUGCGACUGAGAACACUGGAGCUUCUUGGCUCCUUCGUAAUAGUUCAGGGGAGCCUAUGUUGCAUAGCCGACGAUCUUUCUCUGCCAUUUCUACUAAGCUUGAGGCAGAGCUCUUAAGCUUUUCUUGGGCUAUAGAUUGUCUCUCAGACUUACGUUUUGGUAAAGUGGUUUUUGAAUCAUCAUCUUACCUUGCGGGCGAAGCAAUCCUUAGACCUGAAAUGUUCCUUGGUUUUCAAGACCUGUUGGCUCAUAUCCGGGAUAAACUGAGUGGUUUUAGACUGUGGAACAUCUCAUAUGCACAACUCCAAGGCAAUAGAUGCGCCCAUGAAAUAGCUCUCAGUGUCACUAGGAAUCACCGGUAUCAAUCAUACAUAGCUC